UUCAUCACGGGACAACACGUAAAACGCCUCCAUAAUAACUUCUUUCACUAUCAAAACGUGAAACUCCACAAAGCAGAGUUUAUCAGAUUAGAAGUUGCAGAUUAUUAGAGCACGAAGACAACAAGAGGAAUAUGCCUUUAGUACCAGCGCUAAAUUGUCCUACAGCCCCACUUUCCAAUGGUCUGCAGAUCCCAAUAUUUGGAUUAGGCACAUCACAUGAUGGCGGAUACUCUCAUGAUGCCAUCACUUAUGCACUCACUGAGUGUGGAGUGCGCCAUAUCGACACAGCAAAGCGCUAUGGCUGUGAGGAGAAACUAGGCAGAGCUAUCAGAGAAAGUGGGUUACCACGAAGUGAUCUGUGGCUCACCAAUAAACUGUGGCCAGGUGACUACGGAUACAAAGCUGCAAGAAAGGCCUGCCUUGACUCCUGCUCACAGAUGGGGGUGGAUUAUUUUGACCUUUACCUCAUGCACUGGCCAGAGUCGUCGCAACAUGGCUGCUCCAACAGGGAGGUGAGAGCUGAGACCUGGAGAGCUUUGGAGGAACUUUACAAAGAAGGGGUGUGCCGUGCUAUUGGAGUGAGCAACUUUCUGGUCCACCACCUGGAACAGUUAAAGGAAGACUGUAGUGUGGUGCCACAUGUUAACCAGGUGGAGUACCAUCCGUUCCAGCAGCCCAGUGACCUGAUUGAGUAUUGUCGUCGGGAACGGAUUGUGUUCGAAGGGUACAGUCCUCUGGCCAAGGGUCAAGUCCUCAGCAACUCCACUGUUCUCCAGAUAGCAGAAAAGUACAGACGCACACCUGCUCAAAUCUGUGUCCGCUGGAGUAUUCAGAAUGGAGUUGUCACAAUACCGAAAUCUACCAAAAAGGAGAGGAUACAAGAAAACUGUCAAGUGUUUGAGUUCCAGCUGGAGGAGGGUGACAUGAAUACUUUGGGAAUGUUGCAUGAUGGAAGACACGUGUCUUGGGAUCCAACCAAUGUGGAGUAACAUGCCAGAAAAGACCAAAAGGAUGUUUGUCCUGGAACCAGUUAUCUGAAGAACUAAUUUUGAGAUUAUUGGUUUUUAAUCUUUAUACACUUCCUGGAAGAAGAUUCUACUAUGUUCAUUCAUCUCAGCCUUACUUCAUAUAAAUCUACUAAAUAUCUACUUAAAAAUAUUGAUUAUAUAUAAUAAUAAUAUAAAGCAAUACAGAUUGGAUGUUACAAUCAUAGAUAACGUAGAAAUGUCUUCAUGAUGAUUAUAGCAAAAAGAAUCCUUUCUAAAUAGUGAACAUGUGCCUUUGCAGAAAUGCAGCUGUCCCACUGAGAAUGAAUUCUGUCAUGAAUCAUUUUCCCUCCACAAUAGUAUUAUUCCAAACACUAUCAAGGUUAACGUUAAUGAAGUUGUUGCAACUUACCAGAGGAAGACUUUGGAUGAGAAUCUUUCAUCCUUACCAGUUAUUUCUAUCAGGUAUAUACAGUAUUUACUGUGAACCAUGCCCCAACUGCAAUUAUUACCACUCAGCUACACUAAUUUACACUUGAUAUGUUGUAUGAUCUAUAUAUUUUUUAAAAUAAAACAAUGACACAAACA